AUGGAUGGGAGAGAGGUUAUGGCAUUUUCUGGUGGCUCAGCUUCAUAUUACAUGCAUAGAGGAGGGGUUGGAGGGUCUGGCUCCGGACCACUUAGUGGGGGAGAGGGGUUCCAAGCAGCCCCUGGGUUUAGACCUUUGUCAAACACUGACAUUCAUGCUGAGUCAAAUGCAAGGAUUCAAGGGGGUGGUUCUGUAGGGUCUAGCUCCACAUUUUCCGUGGAGCCUCCUCAUCGUGCCAAUUUUAACCAUGGCAUUGGCAUUGGCAUUGGGGCACCUUCAAGUGAGCCUGUGAAGAAGAAAAGAGGGAGACCUCGAAAAUAUGGUCCUGAUGGAACAGUUUCUUUGAAAUUGUCUCCAAUGUCUGCCCCCCCUAACUCCACCCAGGGUGAAAUUGCAACCUCCCUUUCUCAGAAAAAGGGAAGAGGGCGCCCACCAGGAUCUGGAAGGAAGCAACAGUUAGCUGCAUUAGGUGAAUGGAUGAAUAGUUCAGCAGGGUUAGCCUUUUCACCUCAUGUUGUCACUAUUGGAGUUGGGGAGGACAUCGUGGCCAAGUUAUUGUUAUUAUCGCAGCAGAGACCAAGGGCUCUUUGCAUCUUGUCAGGUACUGGGACAGUUUCUUCAGUCACUCUUCGACAGCCCGCAUCUACCAAUGCCAGUUUAACUUUUGAGGGAAGAUUCCAAAUACUAUGCUUGUCUGGUUCUUACUUAGUUGCUGAAGAUGGUGGACCCUCCAAUAGAACUGGUGGUAUUAGUGUUUCACUUUCUAGUCCUGAUGGUCAUGUUAUUGGUGGUGGUGUUGCUGUGCUUAUUGCCGGAAGCCCAGUGCAGGUGGUAUUGUGCAGUUUUGUGUAUGGUGGUGCCAAGGCGAAGCCUAAACAAGGGCUUACAAUCACAGAUGAAAGUUCUGAGCAAUCUCAGCAUAAUGACAAGUUAGCUUCUCCAGCCAGUGCUCCAACUGGUCAAAAUCAAAAUUACCUCCCUUCAGCACACAUUUGGUCUGGAUCACGACCAGCGGAGCUGAAAAACACACAAACUCAUACUGGCAUCGACUUGACUCGUGGGUUUGCACCAACACAUGCUGAAACAAAUGAUUUAUUCGGGGAUUAA